CUCUUUGCUAUAGUCAUAUGUUAGGUGACUGUAAAGAAACCAGGUCUUGUUCCAGAACUCUCUAAGUAGUGGCCCUUUCUAGCAGCGACAAAAUAAAAAGCGGAUUGGCUGCCGAAUAGUAGCGAAUGUUAGUAGUACUAAAGGACUAACACGUGGAAGCUCUAGUACCCCAGCCGUUUAGGAGUGAACAACAAUCGACAUGGAUUUAAAAUCACAAAUACUGAUAGUUUUGUGUUUGUCUUUGACUAUGUAUUGGUGCAACGGUCAAGGCUACCAAGAUUGUAAUAUUGAUAGAUUCCGGGUUCAGCAGAACCUGAACAUGUCACGGUUUGGGGGCCAAUGGUACGGUAUAUCGGCCAACAGGGAGUUCAACCCUGUCACAGUCGCAACACGUAACAAUGGGGGAAUGGGCCAGGGUGUUAACGGAGGAGGCUGGGGUAUGUUUUCAGGUUUCAACGCUGGAAUGCCUCGACAAACACCUUGGGCGAAUACGAGACCGAUCAGAAAUCUACAGUACUACUUCGAAAUUUUAUCUGGAAAAAAUGGUACCAUGCGUACAUAUUCGAGUGGAGCAGUAAUGGGAAGAAGAUGUUACUAUGCACAAGGCAUCAAUAAACCGACAAAUCUAUCGAUCCCAGCCAAAACCGACUUCCUAUUCCAAGGUAGCAGCUUCCCUAUCUGGAUAAUCAGUACAGACUAUGAAGGAUACGCGGUUAUCUACUCCUGUUGGAACACCGACGUCAACGGAGAGUGUACCCCUGAUAGUUCUUACGUCAUCUCUCUGAACCGCGUCAUGGAAGGUCACACGGCUGAGGAACUUAAACAGGUCGAAGCCGCCAGUUCAUAUGUUUGUGUUCAACCCAAUCUACUGCGCCCCGUUAUUCAUGAUGGCGGUUGUGCUUUUAAUGCCACAGAUUUUCCGAGUCAGGAAUUUGCUAUUAUGAAUGACAUCAACAAUAAUUAUUUCUCGAUGCUUUAAAAUCGACUCACAAAACCUGUCAUCCGUGCCUUUACCAAAAGGUGUGAAAAGAAUGUAACCACUCACUUAAUAAAUAGAAAUUGACUUAUUUGGUAAAGUGAGUGAUGAUCAAUUCGUGUUGCUAACUCAGUACAUCGACAACAAUUAAUUGAGGAUACCUGACAUCACAAUGACAAUGACAAUUGUUUAUUCUCGUAAACUGUACAGGGCAGAGAAUAUGAACAUUAACAAAUGCAAAAUAAUUACAUUUUAUAGCUGCGUUUUGUAAUUCCGAUAAUUACACAUUCGUAUUACAUUGCUUGUUUAUAAGGGUACAACAUCCACAGUGCAGUGUUAAAACCAGUAAAACAAUGGAAUGCUUACACUAUGCUUCACAAUUGUUUCACAUUUUGAAAUAAAAGUACGUGUACAAAACGUUA